UGCUUCUUCUGCCAAAUCUGCCAUUAUUUCAUAAAUCCAAAAUGGCCGUUUGUAAAUUGUCAUUGUUCUUUCCCGACUUAAAAUUGUGAAAAAUUCUAUAAAAAAUCGUCUUAUUACAUAAUUUUCCAUCCAAAUACCAUCGCGUGUACCGUGAUUUACCAUCUUGUUGCAAAUUAAACCGCCUCUAGCCGUCCGAUCGUUCGCUACAGCAGGUAAAAAAUGGGGCCUCUCGAAAUCGAGGGGAGGUCAUUGAUCGCAGCUCGCUAGGGCUCCAGGUGCGUCGGCGUCCAGGCGUGCGUGAGUAGCUAGUGUCUGACGAGCCGGUGCUGUUCACAGACAUGUCGUGGAGGCGCGACGACCGCUGGGACGAGCGGCGCUCGCCGACGUGGGACUCGCGGCGCGACGGCUCCCCGCGCCGCCGCGAGCGGUACGACGACCGCUACAGCCGCCCGCGCGAACGCUACGACCGCGAGCGCGAGCACGAGCGGCGGCGGCGGCACGAGGAGCGCUCGCCCUCCCCCCCCGCCGCGCCCUCGCCGCCGCGUAUCAGCGACGACCGCGACGACGACCGCAGCAGCUCGCACUCGCGCCGCGACCCCUCCCCGCCCCGCGACCCGUCCCGCUCGCCCCCCGCGCCCCCCCAGCACCCCGCGCACCCCGCGCCCCCCGUCUCCGCGUCCCCGGGAGACUGGUUCUGCAAGUGUGGACUGUACAACUUCAAGCGCCGCCACAUCUGCUACCGACGCAGCUGCAACGGCAAGCGCUCAGACGGGAUAGUCUACUCGGGAGAUACAGUAGCCACUGAGACUAAUGCGGGGAUCACUAAGAGGCUUCUGUUCAGGAGAUUGGACGCGCUGACCACUGAGGAGAAGAUCUUGGAUGCUCUGAAGGAGAAAUGCUCGAAGACCGUGCUGGAUUCUAUCGCAGGAAUCACUAUUGGAAGGGAAACAUUGACUGGGGCUUCCAAAUGUCUCGCCUACAUUAACUUUAAUUCUAUAGCUGAUUCCACUGCAGCGUAUUCAGAGUUGAUGGCCUUGGAAUCUCCACUGAUCAUAGACAGCAGAGAAGUGCUAAUAUCUUAUUACAACGAGCCAACCAAACCACAGAAAAACAUGAAUAUGGGUGCAGAUUACUCUGCAUACUAUGCCCAGGCCGCUGCUUACAACCAGAGCACCCGCUCAAUGUCAGAGGCUGACCGGAUAAAUGCUGCUGCCGCGGUGGCGCAGUCAGCCAUUGCCUCCGCCAAUGCCAGACUCAUGUCCUGGACCCCAGUCGCCGCCCCAACCUUUGUCAACCCAACCGCCCAAACACCAUCCGUAACUAAGAUCCCAACUGGUGACGGCAAAACAGUCUACUCAGCUCCUGACACCAGAACAUUCUUGUAUGAUGAGACCUCAGGGUACUACUAUGAUCCAGCUACUGGCUUGUACUAUGAUGGCAACACUCAGUAUUUCUUCAACAACCAGACCAGUCAGUAUAUGUACUGGGAUGCCACCACAUCUACAUACAUCUCAGCGACCCAGACGCAACAGAAUACCAACCAGCCAAAGCUGCCCACACCCCCGGAGGCCACCGAGGGCAACACCAUCGCCAAGGAGCCUCCCGAAGAGAAGAAGAAGAAAGAUAAAGAUGAGAAAGUCAAAGUGGCUAAGAAAAUAGCCAAAGACAUGGAGCGGUGGGCCCGCACCCUCAACCAGAAGAAAGAGAACGCUAAAAGCAACUACGUCAUGGAGCAAGUUCUGGAUACAAGUGACAGUAAAGGCUCAGCGGACAUCGGAUUCUCAGUGCUAGGAGCCGGUCCGUCGCUGACAACACAGCAUGUGAAGGAAAUCUCCCCGCCUCCACAGGCCAGUACCGACGAGUUCCUAGUGAAGAAAGUGUCAGAACCGGUGCAGUUCGAGAGCGACGAGGGCAUCAUCGACUGGGCCAAGCUCACCUGCCUGCUAUGCAAGCGCCGCUUCCCAUCCGUGGACGUGCUCAACAAGCACAAGUCCAUGUCCGACCUGCACAAGCAGAAUCUAGCCGAGUACCGACAGAAGACCGACUUGCUUCCUCAAAGCAAUGGGUAUAGAGACAGGGCGGCGGAGCGACGGAUGAAGUUUGGUGAAGACGAGACUCCAAUCAAGCGGCGCUACGAGCCAGCCGAGUCGCUGCCACCGCCGAUGCCGAUCCACCCGCCUCCAUCCGUCGUUGAUACCAUCGGUGGGAAAAUGCUGCAGAAAAUGGGCUGGUCACAGGGCAGAGGGCUGGGCAAGACGGAGCAGGGCAGAAUAGCCCCCAUCGAGGCGGAACAACGGCCAAGUCUGGCCGGUCUAGGGCAGAAGAAGGGCAUCUACACCCCGACUCCGGGUGAGACCUACCGAGACACCGUGAAGAAGCUCAUGAUUGCCAGAUAUAAGGAGGUGGUUGGGCAAGAGGAUGACAACUGAUAGAUGGCAGCAGUAACUAAGGGCCGGCCUCAGAUUCGCUGCCUUCAUACCUUGGUAAGUAUAAUACUACUUUCUGCACUAAUACAGUUGUUCACAGGGAUUCUAUGGUACUUGAGAUGAAACUGAAGAUUAUUUACUCUGAAGAGUACUGAAAGAGUGUGUUUACAGAGACUAUCUGCCUAUCUAUCUGCAUUCAAAGUUUAGGGAAUAUUGAAGACUUGUGCAUGGCUUUUUUACUUAUUUCCUGUGUUGGUCAUAGUCAUCAGACUAUCUGAUAAUUAUCAAGUUUUUUUCUCAUACACUUUAUGGUACAAGACUCUGGGAAAUAAGUAAAAAUAAGAUUUAAAAAACAACCAAAGAAAAGUCGAAAAAUUCGAAGCUAACAAAUGUGAAACUGUGACUGAUGUGUUUGUGCUCAUAAAGGCUAUAUUCCAUUGGCGAGUCGGUGAAGAAACGGUGCUGUUGCGUUUUUUAAAGACUCUUAUUGACGGUUUUGACUAUUUACCUUACAGAAUUGCCAGACGGGUGGACAGCCAGCAAAAGCAAACUUUAUGAGUUUCUGUGUUACCACAAGGGACCCUCUGACUGCACAGAUCUCAGCCAUCAUACAGGUACCUAUUUAAUUCAUAUUUAUAAGAUGGGAAACACUUUGUUGACCUAUUCCUGUUGAAUUUGGGAGAAUAAAACCUCUUAUUGAUCAAAUUAAUUAAGUUAAUUUACAUAGUUAUGGAUCUGUGCAGUCAGAUUUGAUUGCCACAUAAAUCUGCUGUUUAUUUUCUGGGACCUACAUCUAGAAAGUUCGUCAACUUAUUGUCUUAUUAUUUUAAUUUAUGAAACUCAGAAUGUAUCUAACUUUUGGGUAAAAUUGUAAAUAGAAUCUUUAUUAGUUCAUGUUUUCAUUCCACCUACUUAUUAUUUUACUAGCUUUUAAAGUAUAUUAAUUCCUAACUUUUUUCCAAGUAAAAAGUAGUAUAACUUCCGUAAAUAAAGAAACUGUGAAAUUGGCGUGUGUUAAAUAAAUGGGAUUAGAAAAGAGUAUUGACAGACCCAUGUAAGUCCGUCCGCCAUUUGUAUAUUAUUUCUUUAUUCGCGUACGUUAUAAAUACUAAAAUAUUUUGAUCUUUAGGUGAAAGUGUACAGAUAGAUAUUUCUGACAACGAUCAAAAAUGCGAGGGCUAGCUAAUUGGAUAUAAGGUAUUAUCGGAUACAUAGGUCUUCAUUGUCACCUCAAUCCACUGUAUAUCUGUAAUCAAAAGGAUUACGGAAAAUAAAUUCCAAGUCAGUGGCGGUAAGAUACUUCUACUACGAUAGACCAUUGUCAAUUAUCUCAAUGUUAUUUCCAUUAUAAAAUUAGUUUUUCUUGAUAAAAAAAACCAGGUACAUCUCUACCUAAUUUAUAAUUGGGUAUAGGACAGUCUGUUAGUGAUAGUGAUAAUAAUAAUUUAUAUCCGUUCUAAAACUUGCUCCAUUAACUAGUAAGAUGUACUAUAUUUUUCCCGCCUUCCAAAUGACUUUAAAAUAUAUGUAGGUUUACUUUUAGUUCUAAGUUAUAUUUUGUUAUGCUCAUAGGUAGUAAUUACAGAGCAAAAUGUACCUAAGGUUAAAAACAAAGUGGAAUUUCAUUGGUUUGGCUCAUAGCAUUAAACACUAUUGAGAUGGAAAUGUGACUAAAAUUUCUUAUCCACUUAGGUGCGUCCUGCCUGACUUAUUUAUAGAAUAACUUCCAAAUCACUUGACUAAAUAACAACAGACAGUGUGUAAGGUCCUUAGGUUUUAAUUUCUGGAUCAUGGAACAAGUUGGUAUCGCUUCUUUCCCUUGUUCGACACUAUAUUGUCUGCUUUUCUUUCCCAAUGGUUGAAACUUACUGGUACAUGCUAUAAUAGUCAGUUGUUAAUGUAUCAAACAAGGGAAAGCAGUGAUUUUCAAAAAUUGUUUAAAUACUUGUUUCCUGGCUUAUGAUGGAGAGAAACUUGUAAAUACUUUGUAGCGGUUAGGUAUCAAUUAAGUUAUUUUUGUUUUUCCUGGAAAUAUAUUUGUAUGUUAGGUAUAGAAAUAGGUGUAAUGAUGAUGGACUAGAUACCUAGGUAUCUACCUAGAUGAUAGCUCUGCUAUGUCUGUGUAACAUACUCAUGAAUUAUGUAAGUAUUUGUUGUAACUUAUAGAUUAUGAUGUAAUUUAGACAUAUUUUUAUAGCUCAAUUAGCUUAAAUAAAUGUUUAAUUAUUA